UGUCACUAUCAGCGAAGAUGAUGCCAGGCUUUAUUGCACUUCAGUUAUAAGGAACACGUCAGCAGCAAAACUUGGGUUAUUUGAAUUUGCAAAUGAAAACAUGACAGCUGUAAUCUCUGACUGCACAUUUGAUGUUCAUAUGGGCAAUGAUUUUACUUUAUCGAGACCUCACGUUGAAUCCGUUAACAUUGUGGUCCGUCAUAUGCUAGAAAAAGACCCAGUAUUUGUGCAAGACAAUAAUGCUCUCGUCACAGAGUUUUUGAAAGCUUCGUGCAUGAAUAACUGCAGCAACAAUGGAAUUUGCAAUGAUCAAGGAGUCUGUGAAUGCUACGAGAAUUUCCAUGACGGGGACUGUAGUAUAAACGAACGUACACGGCUCGUCAUAACAGAUGUCGAAGGAGAUGGUUUCUGUGCUUUGGAAGUCGAUGAGGAUUGUACAUGCUUCUAUCUGUACACUUCAAAAGUAUUACCGACAUAUAAGUGCCAGAUCACUGGAAACAUGACAUUUUCGGAUGGCACGAAUAAAGCAAUGGAACGACAGGUAGUACCCGGUGUUUACGAGGAUGCCUUCACUGCAUACUGUUGCAUUCCUGACGAACGAAGCAAGCGAUCAGCAAACAACGACAACGUUUUCACAUGGACCUUCUCUUUGUCCAUUAGCAACAACGGAGAAUCAUACAGUCUAGAACGACACAUAGUCGUCUAUACUCCGCGGUGUCAAGACCGGGUACUCAACACAUCACAAUUUCGAUUAAAGCCACAUUUCUGUUACAUCAACUCCGAAUGUGUAGCGGUGAAUACAUCGAUGGCAAACGAUAAAUGUCACGCUUGCAAACCACAGACUAACCUAUACAACUGGACAAACAAUUGUGAAAAUGAGGGUGAAACACCAACGAAUGAUGUGGCCAUUAUAGUAACAAUAGCUGUAACAACCCUGGUUGCCUUUCCUUUCAUUGUCGUAUUUAUUUACUGCGCGAUCAAAAAGUAUACAGCUCGACGUCGUCGCAGGCUUAGAGAAAUGCAAUAUUUUGAACACAUCGUCCUGCCAUAUAUUCCACCAGACCCUCCAAGAGACAUGUUCGUACCUCAUAAUAUUCUCCGAAAUGAGGGCCGGCGUCGAAACCCACCAUCUUAGAAGACAUUUGUAAGAGCAUCCGAUCACGUACCUUUCCGACGAGAGGAAUAAUUGACAAAUGAAGGUUGUGCAUCUAGAUGCGAACGUGUCAACAGACAACAUCUGAAUACAUCGGGAUUUCAACAAACGAAUCUGCAUGUUAUUAAAAGUUCCGUUCGAUGUUGAUUCGAUAAUUGUGUACUUUUUUCCAUCACGGCAAAAAUAGCAUGCGGCCAUAAAAUCAUCUUCAUUUGUCCUACAAUGUUUUCAAACAGAAUUUUUAAUUUCAUAUUGUAAUAUGUUUAUUGUGAAACAAUGGCAAAUUAACAAUAUUUUGUACAUCAUACAUUUUUACAUAUAAGAACUGUUCAUAACAGGACACUACUUCAAUCAAAAAAUCACUUGUAAUAGUAUUCUUCAUUAUAGUUCCAAUGGACGGUAUUACGGUAUUCUUAUUUAAUGUAUAAACAUGCUGGUGUAUAUGUUUUGUUUAACAAUCAAAGAACUACCUCUUAUGAACAAUACAACUUUUCUUUUACUUGAUGUUUCAUUUGUCGAUAUACAAUUAUAGCAGAAUUCCAUUUCGCGAUAUAUUACAAUUGCACAUUGAGAUUUAUUUCAUAUUGCACUGUUACUUGAAUAUGUCGUUUAUACAUUGAAAUAAAAUGUGUAUACAUUGUAAAAAUAUCAUCCUCAUGACCUGUUCAGUCAUUUAGUAGCUAAUGCUUAUGCGCUGAAGAGUAUUCAUAGUACCCAAUUGAAUAAACAGUCUUGAAGAGUAUUGCAAACAAUAAAAUAAACGUGUUUCCACUUAUCUCCUCUUUCAUCGUGAAAUCGCGAUCAGUCUUAAAUCUAAAAUCGCUAUAUAUUAUUUUGCUUCACUAUUUUGAAAAAAACAUUUCUUUAUUUAAAAACUUAUAAUAAUGUUAACUUUUUAUUCAAUUUGCGACGAAACAGAAUUCCGAGGUAUUCAGCAACGGUUGAUAGUGCUUGGUGUAUUAUAAAAAAUAUGAUAAACCAUAUGUGUUCCAUUUUUCAUGAGAACAGUACUGCAUCGUGUACAACUCAAUUAGAGGCAAUAUUGUUUUUGAAAGCUAGGAUCUGACAGCUCGCAUAACAAGUUGCACUCAUCUAAAUUAUUUGCUGUUUUGUUGUUAUUGUUGCUUUUUUGACAGAUGAACGACUACUUUCAUUCAUGGGAAAGUUAUAUUUGUUUUGUUUCCCUAUGCUUUUGUUACACCAUGUUGUGUUUAACUCUACUCGCCUAAUGAGUGGCGUGAACACAUCAUUAUUGGAUAUAACUGGUGAAUCACGUCCGUUUUCAAUACACAUACGAUAUUGUUUAUAUUCGUAAUAGAUUUAGUUCUGUUCAUAAAUGGAAUCUUAACCGAAUCCAAAAUUCUUCGAUAGGAUUAUGAUCUCGACAAUUGUCAUAAUGUGUACAUCGUAGUACCUUAAAGAAGAUCAGUUUGCUAAUUUGUUUUCAAGUUGUUUAGUACAUAAUCUUAGUAAAUCAAUAAUUGUAAAUAAAUGCGACCGGUACAGAUGGUAAAAUGA